GUCCCUCCUUCUGACUCUCCGCCCUUGGAGGCGUUUCAAAGCCCGAACAGUAAUGAUUGAGUAUCAGCUUCAUCUGCAAUACAUUCACCCUGCCUUCCCUGUCUAACAACAGUUAAACAGAUAAGGCACACCCAUACAGGAGGCAACGAUGGGGGACGACAGUGAAUGGAUGAAGUUGCCCAUUGACCAGAAAUGUGAACAUAAGGUAUGGAAGGCCAGAUUAAAUGGAUACGAGGAAGCGGUGAAGCUCUUCCAGCGAAUAGAAGACGAGAAGAGCCCAGAAUGGGGGAAAUACUUGGGGCUCAUCAAGAAGUUUGUAACAGACUCCAACGCAGUUGCUCAGCUCAAAGGCCUGGAGGCUGCCCUCGCAUAUAUCGAGGGCGCCCAUGUGGCUGGCAAAACAACUGGAGAGGUAGUAUCCGGAGUGGUCAACAAAGUUUUUAACCAGCCGAAAGCGCGGGCCAAAGAGCUGGGCAGCGACAUAUGCCUGAAGUACGUAGAGAUCGAAAAGGCAGAGGUGGUGCAGGAGGAGCUCAUCAAAGGACUUGACAACAAAAACCCGAAGAUUGUAGUAACGUGUGUUGAGACACUAAGAAAAGCACUCAGUGAAUUUGGUUCCAAGAUCAUCACGCUAAAGCCGGUGGUCAAACUGUUGCCAAAGCUGUUUGAGUCUCGAGAGAAGGCGGUUCGAGAUGAGGCCAAAUUGCUCGCUAUAGAGAUCUACAAGUGGAUCAGAGACGCUCUGCGGCCCCCUCUCCAGGGCAUCAACUCUGUGCAGCUGAAAGAGCUGGAGGAGGAGUGGGUGAAGCUGCCCACAUCGGCCCCCAAGCAGAGUCGCUUCCUGCGCUCCCAGCAGGACCUCAAGGCCAAGUUCGAACAGCAGCAGGCCACGGGAGGAGACCAGGUGGAUGGAGAUGACGAUGAUGAAUGUGUACCAGUGGCCGAUCCCUACGAGCUGCUGGAGGCUGUGGAGGUCCUGUCCAAGUUGCCUAAAGACUUCUACGACAAAAUUGAAGCAAAAAAAUGGCAGGAAAGGAAGGAGGCUUUGGAAGCUGUAGAAACAUUGGCAAAAAAUCCAAAGUUGGAAAACGGAGACUAUGGCGAUCUCGUUCGCGCCCUGAAAAAGGUUGUUGGCAAAGACACCAAUGUCAUGCUCGUCACCCUGGCUGCCAAAUGCCUAACCGGAUUAGCCGCGGGCCUCCGAAAGAAGUUUGGGACCUAUGCUGGCCAUGUGGUGCCAACCAUUUUGGAGAAGUUCAAAGAGAAGAAACCCACAGUCGUGCAGGCUUUACAGGAGGCCAUUGAUGCAAUCUUUCUGACUACAACAAUUCAAAACUUGAGUGAGGACGUCUUGUCCGUGAUGGACAACAAGAACCCCUCCAUAAAGCAGCAGGCCUCCCUCUUCCUGGCCAGGAGUUUCCGGCACUGCACUCCCGCCACGUUGCCAAAAAGUGCUCUCAAACCUUUCUGUGCCGCCUUCCUGAAGCAAGUGAAUGACUCGGCACCAGAGGUGCGUGAUGCAGCGUUUGAGGCACUGGGCACUGCCAUGAAGGUGGUGGGGGAGAAGGCAGUGAACCCCUUCCUGACUGACCUGGACAAGCUGAAGCUCGACAAGAUAAAAGAAUGUUCUGAGAAGGUGGAGUUGGCCGGAGGAAGGAAAGGCGCAGGGGGAGGAGGCGGUGGGGGAGGGGCGGCUGAGAAGAAGGAGAAGCCUGUGGCCAGGGCCGCACCUGCAGCCGAGCCCCCGCCCAAGGCCUCUGGGCCUCCCAAGAAAGCCCUCGCCGGCGGUGCUAAGAAGGCAAAGCCUGCUGCUGCACCCAGUGGGAAAUCAAAGAAGGCUCCGGAAGGCAAGGAAGUUGUGGAGACAGAACUCUCGCUGGAGGUGUGUGAGGAGAAGGCUGCGGCCGUGCUGCCUGCCACCUGUAUGCAGCAGAUGGACAGUGCCAACUGGAAGGAGAGGCUGGCCAGCAUGGAGGAGUUUCAGCGGGCCGUGGAGCAGAUGGACCGGUCCGAGAUGCCGUGCCAGGCGCUGGUCAAGAUGCUGGCCAAGAAGCCAGGGUUCAAGGAGACUAACUUCCAGGUGAUGCAGAUGAAGCUGCACAUCGUGGGCCUGGUUGCCCAGAAGGGCGUCUUCUCCAAGACCUCGGCCCUGGUGGUGCUGGACGGCCUGGUGGACAAGAUCGGGGACGUCAAAUGCGGCGUCAAGGCCAAAGAGGCGCUCACCGCCAUCGGAGAGUCCUGCCACCUCCCCUGGACCGCUGAGCAGGUGGUAUCGAUGGCCUUUUCACAAAAGAACCCCAAGAACCAAGCCGAAACUCUGAACUGGUUGGCAAAUGCCAUUAAGGAGUUUGGCUUCACUGGGAUCAAUGUGAAGGCAUUCAUCACUAAUGUCAAGACGGCUCUGGGUGCAACCAAUCCGGCGGUGCGUACAUCUGCCAUCACGCUGCUGGGCACCAUGUAUCUGUACGUGGGAGCGCCGCUGCGCAUGUUCUUUGAGGACGAGAAAACGGCUCUGCUCUCCCAGAUCGACGCAGAGUUUGAAAAGAUGCAGGGUCAGUCUGCUCCGGCGCCCUUCAGAGGGGCGACCAAGAAGGGCUCUGAGGAGAACGGAGAGGAGGCGGAGGAGCAGGACGAGGAGGGAGGAGCAGGGGACGUCAUGGACCUGCUGCCCAGAACUGACAUCGGUGACAAGAUCACGUCUGACAUGGUGUCCAAGAUCAGUGACAAGAACUGGAAGAUCCGCAAGGAGGGUCUGGACGAGGUGGCGGCGGUGAUCUCGGAGGCCAAGUUCAUCCAGGCCAACAUCGGGGAUCUGCCCAUGGCCCUCAAGGGACGCCUCAACGACUCCAACAAACUACUGGUUCAGCAGACCCUGAACAUUCUGCAGCAGUUGGCCACCGCCAUGGGCCCUGGCCUGAAGACGCACGUCAGAAAUCUGGGAUUCCCCAUCAUUACUGUGCUUGGAGACAGCAAGCCGAAUGUGCGCGCCUCUGCCCUGACGACGCUGAAUGCUUGGGUGGAGCAGACGGGCAUGAAGGAGUGGCUGGAGGGAGAGGACCUGGCGGAUGAGCUGAGGAAGGAGAACCCGUUCCUCAGACAGGAGGUGCUGGGCUGGCUGGCGGAGAAGCUGCCUAACCUGCGGACGGUGUCACCAGACCUGAUGCUGUGCGUGCCGCUCCUCUACGCCUGCUUGGAGGACCGCAGCGGCGACGUGCGCAAGAAGGCCCAGGACGCCCUGCCCAUGUUCAUGAUGCACCUCACCUACGAGAAGAUGAGCAAGGCCACCAGCAAGCUCAAGCCGUCCUCUAAGGACCAGGUGAUGGCCAUGCUGGAGAAGGCCCGAGCGGUCAUGCCUGCCAAACCGGCCGGUCCCGCCAAAGCCGCCAGUGCUGCCCCGGCCAAGGCCGCCGCCCCCUCCUCCGCAAGCUCCUCCUCCUCCGGGAAAGCUGCCUCAGCAUCCAGUGCCCAGAGCAGAGACGACGACUACGCCCCCAGUGAACCCAAACCCGACACCAAGAGGGCCAAGUCAGCCGGCCCUGCUGCUAAAAAGAGAGCCAGUGCGGAUCACCCUGGCACGGACAAAGCUAGUAAAAGACUUUCAGACCGUGGAGCUGACAACAAAAAGGGUGUGGUGGGUAAGAAGGCUCCCGUGAAGGCCAACGCUAAGGAGGAGGAGGACAAGUCUGGCCCCAUAUUCACCCUGGUGCCCAACGCUAAAGAGCAGCGCAUGAAGGAGGAGAAGGCCCUCAAGAUCCUGAAGUGGAACUUCAUCACCCCUCGUGAUGAGUAUGUGGAGCAGCUGAAGACCCAGAUGUCCACGUGUCUGGCUCGCUGGUUGCAGGACGAGCUCUACCACUUCGACUUCCAGCACCACGUCAAGGCCAUCAACGCCAUGAUCGAGCACAUGGAGGACGAGAGGGAUGCGGUGGUGGGCUGCCUGGACCUGAUCCUCAAGUGGUUCACGCUGCGCUUCUUUGACACCAACACCAGCGUGCUGAUGAAGGUCCUGGAGUUCCUCAAGCUGCUCUUCACCAUGCUCAAGCGCAUGGACUACCACCUCAGCGACUACGAGGCCUCUUCCUUCACCCCCUACCUCAUACUCAAGGUGGGAGAGUCUAAAGAUGUGGUGCGUAAGGACGUGCGAGCCAUCCUGUCCAUGCUCAACAAGGUCUACCCCGCUAGCAAGCUCUUCCCCUUCAUCAUGGACGGAACCAAGUCCAAGAACUCCAAGCAGAGAAUGGAAUGUCUGGAGGAGCUAGGGUGUCUGAUCGAGUGCUUUGGAGUGAAUGUCUGCCAGCCGACCCCGGCUAAGGCCCUGAAGGACAUCGCUGUCCACAUCGGUGACCGCGACACAACAGUGCGGAACGCUGCUCUCAACACCGUGGUGGUGGUCUACAACGUCUGUGGGGACCAGGUCUUCAAACUUAUCGGCAAUCUGUCUGAGAAGGACAUGAGCAUGCUGGAGGAGAGGAUCAAACGCUCGGCCAAGAAGGCCCCGCCGCCGGCCCCAGCCAAGCAGCAGCAGCAGCCCGAGCGGGCGCAGCGCGAACACCCCGCCAACCCCACCGGCACCUUCCUACGCAAGCCUGCCCAGCAGCAGGAGGACAUGCCCAACAAGCUCAACCAAGCACGCUCGCACAAUGAGCACUCGGCGCCCUCUAUCCCACGGGAGUUCCAGCUGGAUCUGGACAUGAUCGAGAACGACCACACCAACGUGAGCGAGCUGCCCGACCUGGUGCAGCACAAGCUGGAUGAGCUGCUGGAGCCUGUCAUGAUCCCUGAACCCAAGAUCCGUUCAGUGUCUCCUCACUUUGAUGACCUGCGUAACAGCACAGCCUCCACCAUCAACUUUGUCAUCUCCCAGGUGGCCAGUGGAGAUAUCAACACCAGUAUUCAAGCCCUGGCACAGAUCGAUGAGGUGUUGCGGCAGGAGGACAAGGCGGAGGCCAUGUCUGGCCACAUUGACCAGUUCCUGAUCGCCACGCUCAUGCAGCUGCGGCUCAUCUACAACACGCACAUGGCCGACGAGAGGCUGGACAAGAAGGACAUCUUCAAGCUCUACAGCUGCAUCAUCGGCAACAUGCUCUCGCUGUUCUCUGUUGAGAGUCUGGCACGCGAGGCGUCCAUGGGUGUGCUGAAGGACCUGAUGCACGGCCUCAUCACGCUCAUGCUGGACUCCCGCGUGGAGGACAUCGAGGACGGACAGCAGCUCAUCCGCUCAGUCAACCUCCUGGUGGUGCGCGUGCUGGAGAAGUCCGACCAGACCAACAUCCUCAGUGCUCUGCUCGUGCUGCUGCAAGACAGUCUCCUGACCUCAGCAGGGUCUCCAAUGUUCUCAGAGUUGGUCAUGAAGUGCCUGUGGAGGAUGAUCCGGUUCCUGCCGGAGACCAUCAACAGCAUCAACCUGGACCGCAUCCUGCUGGACGUGCACAACUUCAUGAAGGUCUUCCCCAAGGAGAAGCUCAAGCAGCUGAAGAGCGACGUCCCGCACCGGACACUCAAGACCCUGCUGCACACCCUCUGCAAACUCAAGGGGGGCAAGAUUCUGGAUCACCUGUCCAUGAUCGAGAACCGUAACGAGUCAGAGCUGGAGGCACAUCUGAGGAGAGUAGUCAAGCACUCGGGCAACCUGUCAGGACACAAGUCAGACAAGGGCUCAGAGAAGGGAGCAAUCCGGACUGAUGAGAAAAUGUCCAAAUCCAAAGUGAGCGAAAUCCUCUCUGAGAUUUUCAAGAAGAUUGGGUCCAAGGAGAACACUAAAGAGGGUCUGACGGAGCUGUAUGAGUAUAAGCUGAAGUACUCGGAUGCGGAUGUAGAGCCGUUCUUGAGCAACACGUCGCAGUUCUUCCAGAGCUACGUGGAGAGAGGCUUGCGCAUGAUCGAGUCAGAGCGAGAGGGCAAGGGGCGAAUCCAGUCCUCCACCACUGUGAUCCCGCAGCAUACGGUCGAGGCAGGCACGUACAUGCCCAGCUCCAGCAGUGUGCCCAUCAACAGUAACGGAGAGGACCUGAAGCCGGCCGUCUACUACGAGAGGCUGAAGAUCCUCAGGCAGAGACACGGCCUGGAGAACAACUCCAAGCUGCAGCAGCAGCAGCAGCAGCAGCAGCAGGGUGGUGACGACCGUACGCCGCUGACCUCCCUGCUGUCCAAGCCCACGGUGGCAUCGUCCACCGACAUGCUCCACAGCAAGCUGUCGCAGCUGAAGGAGUCUCGCGAGUCCCACUUCCAGCAGGAGCACUCGCACAGCCCCACGCGCUCCUCCUCGCCCGCCAACCUGGACGACCUCAAGAAGCGGCUGGAGCGCAUCAAGAGCAACCGCCAGUGAGAUUACAGUACAGCAGAUCAGUGGAGACUGAGGCCACUCACUAAAAAACGCACUAGCCCCACAACCAUCGCCGCAGGUCCUAGACCAGUUUGCUAAAGCUCCCCCUACCUCUGGCCACUACCACCACCUCCAUCCCCAGCUUAACCCUGACCUGACUCCAGAACAGUCUGACCUCUUACCCACCAUUUCACCCUCUAGCUCUUAACCCCGUAGGGUCAGGGGAGUGGUUAACUGGCACUAGCACUCCCUGCUCCCCAGACCAGAAGAGACCAGUUCACUAAAGCCCUUACCCCCUUACCCUGCCUCUGACCUUCUACCCCAUUCCUCUAUGGUCUACCCCCUCCAUCAGGCUUCCCCUGGCUUUUAGGCCCGUGCUUGUACUCCCACACAUAGGACUUGACAUGCAUAUUUGACUCCCUGGGACUUUCACGGUCAGGACUUCUCAUGCACACCUAUGUACAAAAAAUUAUAAUAAUUAACUGAGCAUAAAAAGAAAAUCAAGCUUCUCCCCCACAUCUCAUUGUAUAAUAGUAAUAUUUAAUUGAAACUACUUAUUUUUGUUUGUUUUCUUUUUUUUCUUUUUGUUUUUAUUAGUAUUGUGCAGUUUGUUUGUUUGUAUGUGUAUAUACUCAUGAGUGCUAACCACUCGCUUCUAAGUGUCAUUUUAGGAGUUUCUCGGCGUGCGGUUACCUUGUGCAGAAUGCUUUUAUUAUGCCUCACAUGAAGCUGUCAGUUGUUUUCUAGAUGUUCGCUCACACUCUCACUAUCUGUCUCUCUUUCUCU